UAGCAGCCGGGGAAAGCGACUCGCGUUUGGAGCCAACGUCAUCAUGCUGCGCCUGCUAUCCUGGCUUCGUUCUUCCCCAUGGAGCUGCUGGGGGAAGUUCCUCUGGGGGAUCCGCUGCCGCUUCCCGGGGGCUUUUGGGCGGCCGUGAGCGUGUGGCUGGAGAAGCCCCAAGUGGCCAACAAGCGGCUUUGCGGCGCCCGCUUAGACGAAACUCGGAAGGUGGCGCGGUCCGGACUCAGAGUAGCCGGGAACGGGGACCCCGGAAGGGCGACUGUAAAGCCUCUCUCUGACGCCCGGCUGCCACUGGGGGAGGCUGCCUGGGAAGCCCUCUACAGCCUCUUCCAGGACUGCGAGGCGCCCCGUCUUUGCCUGGCCGAAGGUCCCGCCGAGGAGGAGCUGGAGGUGGUGCUGCGGACCCUGGUGCCCAAAGGCAGCCCCCCCGCGCCCGCUCAGGAGAUAGUAGUAAAAGAUAUUGUUAAUGGGACUGUAACCUUUUUGCCGUUGGAACAAACCUAUGAAGGAACAUACAAGGUCAAGAAGUGUAAUGUUUAUCAAAUUCAGCUUCUGCACACAAAAGAUAAUGAAUGGUCUGUGUCAAUUUUAUCAGCAUCUCCAGAAAACUAUAUUUCAGAUGGAAUCUUAUACCCUAAACCAGUAUGGCUUGGAAGUGAGUUGCUCUCUAAACUGGCUAAAUGGUCCACAGAGGUAACAAAGCGUGAAUUUAAGAAUACGCUCUCUCUCAUUUCUGUGGCCAGAUACAGCAAAAUUUACCAAGAUCUAAAGGAAAAAUACAAAGAGAUUGUUAAGAUAUGGCCUGAAGUAACGGAUCCUGAAAAGUUUGUAUAUGAGGAUGUUGCUAUAGCUGCAUAUUUGCUGAUUCUCUGGGAGGAUGAAAGAACUGAGAGAGGAUUCUCCAGGAAACAGUCUUUUGUGGAUCUUGGUUGUGGAAAUGGCCUCCUGGUUCAUGUAUUAAGCAAUGAAGGGCAUCCAGGCAAAGGGAUUGAUAUUAGAAGAAGAAAAAUAUGGGACAUGUAUGGUUCACAGACAUGCUUGGAGGAAAAUACAGUUAGUCCCAACAGUCUCUAUCCAGACAUUGACUGGCUGAUUGGAAAUCAUUCUGAUGAGCUGACACCAUGGAUACCUGUAAUUGCAGCCAGGUCUUCCUAUUCUUGCCGCUACCUUGUACUGCCUUGCUGCUUUUUUGACUUCCAUGGAAAGUAUAACCGAAGGCAGAGUAAAAAGACCCAGUACAGAGAAUAUCUUGAUUUUGUUACAGAAGUUGGUUUAGUAUGUGGCUUUAAUGUGGAAGAAGAUUGCCUUAGAAUUCCUUCAACAAAAAGGGUUUGCUUAAUUGGGAAAUCCAGAACAUUUCAAACAACCCAGGAGACUGUACUUGAUAAACAGCGAGUGCAAUAUAUCAAUAGCCGCCGGUCUUGCAACAUAAUGGCACCAGAUAUAAUGGAUGGAGUGCAUCACAGUGGCAGCCCCUCAGCUGCAAACAGUGCUACCAGCCUGAUAGCAGAUACAGAAGUGCUUCAAAAGACAAAUGGGGAAAGAGUCUUGAUAUCUGGUUUUCUUCCAAGGGGAAAAGAACAAGUGAGGAACUGUACUGCGCUCCCUCAUGAUCUUGUAGACCAAGUGGUUUUGAAAGUAGCAAAUCUGUUGUUAAGUGAAACACAAGUUAGUUCAUGUGGAAAUGCAAACACAUGGAGUCGAGGAGGGAGUCUUGCCUUGAGUGAAAUUGCAGAACAUUUAGAUAAUGAUAUUUUAAAAAGAUUGAAGAAUGAAUAUGGAGGCCUACAGACCUUGCUUAGAAACAAUCAUCAAGUGUUUGAAGUUCUAAAUGGGAGAGUUCAUAUUUGUGACUGGAGAGAAGGGAAGCCAUCAAGGAAAAAUAAGUCUGGCAAACACAUUAAACACAGACUUUCUCCUAAAGUGCUUAAAACUCGCCUAUGUUGGUUUCACAUUCAUCAUCCUCAGGGCUGUCCCCUGUCUUCAGUAUCCUGCCCUUUUGCUCAUGGGACUGAGGAGCUGCAGCCAUCUCAGACUGUGCGCAAGAAAAAUCAUGCCUGGCAAAAAGGAGUUAACUGCUUAGAUGGAUUUCUGAUUAAUUUCAAGGAUGGUUAUGAAGAAGAUUAAUCUUGCUCACGUUACAGCACCUACUUUUUUUUUUUUUUGUAUUCUCACUUUUCCGUGAUCUUUUCUGUGGUUGCAUCCUAUUUGUGUUUUGUGUAUGAUAGUGAAGAUAUUGAUGUUAGUUCUUGAAAUUCCCAUGGUUGGUUGACUUCUCUUCCUUCAGAAGCAGUUCAUUUCGAUAUUAAAAUGCAGAUAUGAUUUACUGCUUGUUCUCAAACUAA